AUAUUUUUUUCCCUUCCCUGUCGCUCUUCCUGCCAUCUUCAUCUUGCUGCUUUCUUGAUGUCUCCGUAAUCCUCUCGCACCUCGCCACCUCCUUCGCCUGACAUCACUUUGGUGUAUCGGCGGGCGCAGUUUGCGCUGCACGCAAUGUUUCAAGCCCGAGCGGCCUAGAAAGCAGCCUUUCCUCAUUCCCACCGCCUAACUGAAAAAUGACAAGGUCUCUGUAUGAUCGCAUCUGGCGUCGGGAAGCUGGCGGGUUUUCGACUGCGGCUAACAUUCGCGGCCUUUAUGGUUCAAAAGAAUGGGUCGGGGAUCUGGACAUUGUUAACGAACUUGGAGGCCAUACUGGCUGUGUCAAUGCUUUGAGCUGGUCGCGAUCCGGUCGACUUCUUGCGUCCGGCUCAGAUGACUUUCACUUGAACAUUUAUUCUUACCAGCCGGAGUCAUCAACGACGCCUUUUGCCCUGAAUACUAGCGUUUUCACCGGCCACACGGGGAAUAUCUUCUCUGUCGCCUUUAUGCCGCAUUCGAACGACAGGACACUUGUAACAGCCGCGGGAGAUUCUCAGGUCCGGGUUUUCGAUAUCGAACAUUCUAGCCGGAAUAGCUCCCAAAGUGCGCCGUUGCCUUUCUCAUCCCAGGCUAGAAGCCAAUCGCUAAACCAGUUCUUCGGCAAUGCGCGCUCCCUCGGAGUGGGAAACACCAAUGCGCGAAUUUAUCGGAGCCAUGCGGAUCGGGUCAAGCGUAUUGUGACAGAAUCAUCGCCCCAUCUCUUCCUGACGUGUUCCGAAGACGGCGAAGUUCGUCAGUGGGAUUUGCGUAUGCCUUCGUCUGCGUACCCUAAACCUCGAGGUGGAUUGCUGUACAUGACCAAUCGCGCGGGACAAGGGCAUGAUGACACCAAUGUGCCCCCGCCGCUGAUCUCGUAUAAACGACACCGGCUCGAUCUGAACACGUUACACUGCUUCCUCCACGACAGACGUAUGUUGGGGAGAGACAUCUCAGUCGAGCGAGGUGAUCCUGGUGCGUCACCCGUCUCGAGAGACGGGCAUGAUGAUGAGUUGAUGGGCAAGGCAACACGGUGUGUGCGGAGAUUUGCGCCCAACGGCAAGGAACGGACCAAGUCGCGUUAUAAAGGCCACAUCACAGCGUGUAAAAUCAGUAAUGCCAACCCCAAUGAGAUGAUUGUGAGCUGGUCCGGCGACCAUAUAUACAGUUUCGACCUGAUCCGGGCCCCCGACGCACUAGACGCACCAGAAAAUCAAACCUCUCUCCGCGGCAAAUCUGGGUCACGUAAGAGGCGGACCUCCAAAGCCAGGAAGCGUAAGCGCCAAAAUGCAACUUCAUUGUCUUCCCAAUCUAGCGGUGACGGUAGACGGAGAUCGCGGCGAAACGAAGCAGCAGCAUCACAAGAAGAAGACGGGAAUCUGGCACUCCGCGUCCGAUAUGGAAAUGGAGAGACAGAAAACAUUUCUUUUCCUGAGCUGUUACAUGAGGCGGGUUCCACUGCAUCAGGUGCUGCGACUUCGGCCGAACUGAUGGAACGCGCGAGGUAUUCUGUGUUGAAUGGUGCGCAGAGACAGAGCUUGCGUAUAGCCAAGGGCCUUGUCAAACUUCGAAAGGCCAUGUUUUCGCUAGAACCGGCUGUUCGUGAAGCCGGAGCCGCCAUGCCUUUUCGAGAUGCCUUCUCUUCUGUGCUUAUGGUUGCAUCUACUUUUUUGCCCCAGAUGGAGCAAGUGAUGCGAACUUGGGGAUACCCAAUUAAUCCGACCCCAGAAGUUGUGCGCUUUCAGCAAACCCUUCGACGCCACCGGGAAUCGGCGUAUAGAUUCGUGCAAGCUACUGGUACACUUGCUAGGGCUCUUGGCGGCGACAUCCAGGAUUUCGGGAUAGACGAUGCCCUCGAAAAAUUUGAGCGAAUUGGACCCGCACCGGGAGAGGAUAACGUGAUUGUUGAGAAGGAGCAAUUUGGUUACGACUUCUUAAAGGCGAUAAUCUUGUUCACCGAAGGAGGUCGAAGUGCUGUCCUUUCUGGCUUCAAGGGCAGCUCCGCCAGUCGUCGCAACCGUGAUCGAUUUCCCUUGCCACAGAAUGCUCUUGACGGCGCUAUCGAAACGAUUCUGGUUCCGUAUUUGAGCGACCUUGCUGGUGAUGCGCCAGUUGUGAAUGUUGAUAGUUCCAGGUUCGAAUACGAUUCGACUCGUAUACUCUUUCCCACGCAGCGGGCCGCAGUCGCUGCUUUCGGGGAGGCUCUAAAGGUUGAUAUGUCCUCCGGGAGCGAUGGGCGCCACAAUGACGGCCCUAACGGAGCUGCUAACGGAAAUUCCAACGGAACCCCCAACGGGACAAAUCCUCGAGCUACCGACCCUUCAACGUUAACGCGCUUCUGGCUGCUGGAGGUCGGCCGUGGAAUCUUGAUGGAAGUCGGAACCGGAGUAAAUUUCGAGUACGUCAACCGCGCUUUUGGGGGUCUCAAUGCGACCAUUGAGGAUAGCCCGGACGAUGACGGGGACAUGGAAAUAGAGAGGUCCCAGGAUGACUCGGAAGCAAAUAUUGAAGAAGCUGCCAUCCACGAUAUCAGCUUCACUUUCAACCGAGAUCCGAGCCACCAGCGCCAUCCGGCAUUUAUGGAAUCUUGGACACCCAACUUAAGUACCCAGACUGCGAGCGAGGAUGGGGACUAUAACGGCGCGCCAGUUAUGAACUCUGGCGCGACGGACGAAACGGAUGAUACUGACGACACCGAGGACGAUGAGGGCGCCGAGGAUGAUGAUGACGACGAUGAUGAUGACAGCUCCGACUCAGAUGCCGCGGAGCGCUUGUUCCGCAGUUAUGGUUUCGAGAGGAGCGCAAGAGAAGACGAGGUCGAGAAGGAUGUUCCGUGCUCGUCGCAUACCAGGGUCUAUCGCGGACACUGCAAUGUCAAAACAGUCAAGGACUGUAACUUUUUCGGUCUGAACGACGAGUAUGUAGUGAGCGGCAGUGACUCGGGUCACCUGUUCAUCUGGGAGCGUGACACCUGCAAGCUAGUCAACAUCCUCAAGGGGGACGAUGAGGUUGUGAACGUGGUGCAAGGCCACCCGUACGAGCCCAUCAUUGCCGCCUCCGGUAUCGACGACACGAUCAAAAUCUUCUCCCCCGAUCAACGCGCACAGGACGACGCCCGCCGCGGUAUCAACAUCCUCGACCCCAACAAUCCGGCCAACACACUUGGCCCGAGUGCCGGCGGCCUCAAGAGCGCAAAGUGCAUGCACGACAGCUACCGGAUCAUGAGCGAGAACGACGUCCAGCGACAGGGAGGGAUGAGCGAUGCCUUUGUGACUCGACACAUGCUCGCCCAAUUUGCAGCAACAGUACGCGACCAACAGGGCGGGGUCGUACCUGGCGAACACGCCAGGAUUGUACUAGACGAGAACUGCAAUGUGAGUUUGUCUCCAUCCCUUUUGUUUUCUUUUGCUAUCUUCAUUCCAUGUUUUGCCCUCUGAACAAGAGGAGUCGAUCAGGGGAAAGGUUUUAUUGACAGAUUUGGCGGGGUUUGUAGAUGAUGUGAGUGACGUCAACCAAGAUCGGAGCAAUCAUCAGAAGAUUCGGAAGGUGCGAGGGGCGACUUAGGUACAAAUACAGAUUGCGAUGGAAGAUGAGCAGUUUUAUAAUUGCAGUGCGCACUGCCUAUCAUUCAUGCCACGUCACCUAGGGUCAUAUAGCUUUCAAUUCCUCUUGAGGAUUAAUUUUCGGCCGGAGCCUCGAAGCGAAGCUGCGGGAAAAAUAAGACUAUCUAUAAGCCAUCGUGGUUGUGCCCCUUGAAUAUUGCAUCAUAUCCAACGGGGAUCUUCAGCCUACGACGUCAGCGGCUUACUUUCCCGAUCACCGGCCGCGUGCCACUAAUUAUCUUGUGCCCAAUGGCGUUUCUUUGGCUUGAUUGACUGGGUCAGUAUCCCAGCCAGUGGGAUUUAUUGGAAGUUAGAUACUCGGCUUCCCACUAGCCCUAAAGUCCGUGCGGAGCUUGUGGAUUCGUACUUUAUGCCAGCUUUCUUCGAAGAGAUAUAAAUGCAGAAUUCUUCAUUGUUUUGUAAGGUGGGCGGUGGUGUAUUACUACCAAGGUAGCAGAACAAGAGAGCCUAGGCCAUUAUCAGUAAAGGCAUUUUGGAUCUGGGUAAUGACGCUGUUGGCCAAUCCAUCUCCGAGCCGAGUUGUCGUGCCGCCCACGUCGCGGACAAUGUGGAGAAGCGAAGCAAAAACAAUAGAGAAGAUCUCUUGCGCGACGCGAAUAGGAAGACUCGUUUAGAGAGAGUGUGACUGUUUCUUCUGCGACGGAAUCUCCAGGUAAAAUAUUGUGGGAACUGAACAGCGGAAGGUCGAAGUGAUCCAAUCCAGAACUUCCACGCUCACAAAAGGAUUUUAUGCCCCAAGCUUUGAGCUUGGCGGUUUGUGGGGAUGAGCUGAGAAUGCGCUCGCAUGGUAAGCGACUGAAAGAGUAAUAUAACCAUGUCCAGAGCCCAAUGGUUGCUUCGAGCUCGUAUGAGCUUCUCCCACCAUCAUGCGUGUCCAAGUCAAUAGUGUCUUUUAUGCUCCAGGGGCAAAUCGAGUUCGAGUCUAGCAUCAAGUCCGGCAAGCGUGAGAAGGCAACACAGAUGGGCCUUUUGGUUUGACCCUCAAAGCGACGAGGAUUGGUCUCUAUCAAUCCUAUCAAUUGACACGGGACGGCGCAGUAUGUGAGAAACGACGAGGUCCAAGCGCAGAACCUGUAAGAUGAGGAAGGAGCAACCCAUCGCACCUGCCUCUUGCAGAGCAAGCAUGGCAGGGAAGGAGCAAUCCACACAUUUACACAGACACACAAGGCACGAAGAUGCGUCGCUCCUUCGAAUGUGAUGUUGCGGGCUUUUCCUUCUUCCACCAUUCGAGUUUCGACUCGCUUCCGCGCCAUGUCUAGGAGAUACUUACUCUGAUCGACGCCGAGAAUCCCAACAGACGGAAACUGCCCCGCGAGAUUGAUUGUAUGUCGGCCUUGUCCGCAGCAUAGGUCUAACACUUGCAUCGACGGGCUAGAGUUAAGAAGAGCUUGCACCCGAGGAACUUGGAGCAAAGCAUUGCACUCUGCGUCGGUGACGACGGGACUCUCGACGCAGUCUCCGUCCGUCCAGAGGUAAAUGUGGUUAUACGCUUCUUUCCACCAGUCUGGCUCGGCGUGUGGGAAAAGGGAACGGACUUGUCCUAGGGCCCCUGGGAGAGUCAUAUUGUGAGAAUAAGAUUGUUGAUGGGUUGAUGUAGGCUCCAACUGCGGUGACUAGAUAAGUUAUAUCGAUAGUCACCUGUGCCAUGCAACUCCAGCAGAUUAUAUGGCUGUACAGCAUGCUGACGGUCUGGCUACUGUAAGGCCUGUUGACGGGUGUCACUAGCUGCAUAAUUCGUCAGCAUUUUCUGUGAGCAUAGUAAGUGUCUUGAAGCGUAAGGUCACACUCAAUGUAGAACCGGCGCUCCUCGAGCGCUCCUUGCGAUCUCCAGUGGUUUAACAAGACAUGGAGUAAUAUGUGGCCGCGGCCCAACGACAGGCAUACAAAGACGGAAUCCAACCAUACUUGUGAAAUAUUUUUCAGUCGUCCAGUAUUCUACUUGGCCCGAGUCUCACAAUGUCCGACUUGGAAGCCAAAGCAGCCUCGCGACAAGACGCACUCAGCCGGAGGAUUCCAGUAGCAUGGCUGGUCGGAUUCCCU